UAACGGCGCUGACCACUUCACACUUCCCCCACCUUUCGGUUGAUGCUAACUGGGUCAAUCUCUCCGGAGUACGGAGGCAACAUGAGAAUGUUCUUGGCUGUAGUGCUGGCCUGUCUGGCCGUGCAGGUGUCAGCGGAGGGAUGCGAUCCCGAGAAGGAGUUUGAGUGUAAAAACGGGUUCUGUAUAGACAACUCCAGGCGGUGUAACGGCAUCUUCGAGUGCCUGGACUUCUCCGACGAAGACAACUGUCCAGUCGCGAAAUGCCAGCCAGGAGAGUUCCAGUGCACGUCGGGAGAGUGUGUUUCCGGUGAUCUCCGGUGUAACGGGUCCCCGGACUGUCCGGACGAGUCGGAUGAGGCGGGAUGCGUGAAGAUCCUGUGCCAUGGCCACUCCUUCAUCUACAACGCCGUCACCAAGACAUGCAAGUCCUGCCAACACAACGCGCAGGGGCGGAACUGUGAGAAGUGUAAGCCCGGUUUCUAUGGUAACGCUAAGAUUGGCACGGCCGAGGACUGCAAGCCGUGCGACUGUAACGGCCACUCCAUGGACUGUGACAUGGCCGGGAAGUGCGAGAACUGCGGCCACAACACGGAGGGGGAGAAGUGUGAGAACUGCCGGCCCGGGUUCCGCGGUGACGCCACCAAGGGGACACCAGAAGACUGUAAACCCAACAGUCCUGAUAAUGACAAGGACACAGAUGCGAAACCAAAGCCAACCACCAAGCCCGGUCCCGAUCCCGACACAGACAAGAAACCCAAACCCACCACCAAGCCCGGUAACCCCACCAAAACCUGCGACUGCAACGGGCACUCUACGGAGUGUGACGGCGAUGGGAAAUGUAAGGAUUGCAAGGACAACACCCAAGGCGACUCAUGCGAUGAGUGCAAGCCGGGUUUCACCGGGGACGCGAAGGAGGGCAAAGCCGACUCCUGCAAGCCUAACAACUGUGACGCUCUCUGCAACAAGCACUCCUCCACCUGCGAUCUGGCCGCCGGCAAGUGCAUGAACUGCGAUCACAACACGGAGGGCGACAAGUGUGAGAAGUGCAAGUCCGGAUUCGCCGGUGACGCCACCAAGGGAACCUCUGACGACUGUAAGGAGAGCGCAUGCGCCGCCAUGUGCAAUAACCACGCCACUGAGUGCGACAUGAAUGCUAAGACCUGUAAGAACUGUGCAGACAACACGGAGGGAUCAAACUGUGAGAAGUGCAAGGACGGGUACACGGGGGACGCGACCAAGGGUCCGUGUAAGCCCUGCAGUGAGAAGUGUAACAAGCACAGCGACACGUGCGACAAGGACACGGGGAUCUGCUCGAAUUGCAAGGACAACACGGAAGGGAACAUGUGUGAAAGGUGUAAGACUGGCUUCACCGGUGACGCCUCCAAAGGAACACCGAACGACUGCAAACCCACUCAGUGCCGCUGCAACAAACACUCUGACACCUGUCCGGACGGCGUGUGCAAGGAUUGCCAGCACCACACGACCGGAGCGUACUGUGAAAUCUGUCAGCCUGGCUACUACGGCAUGGCGACGGGACAGACUCCUGACGACUGCAAGAAGUGCCCCUGCCCUCCUCGGACGGUGAUGUGUGUAGAAGUGCCCGGGGAAGCCCAGCCGAAGUGCUUGGGCUGUGAGGACGGCUACACAGGAGACAAGUGCGAGGAAUGCGACGCAGUGAACGGGUUCGAGGCUCUGAAUGGGGGUCCCACGGCGCCAACCGGCUGUUGCGUCAGGAAGGGCGUGUCCAGCUGCCCCUCCGGCUAGCCUCAAGCUUCCCUGUGCGAUCAGCUUUGUGGUUAUGCGACUGAAGUGUGUUGAUUUUACACAGGACAAUUUUUUAAGACAUUGUGAUUUAAGAUAUCAUUAGGAUUAAAAUGCAUUAUACAUGAUGAUUAAAAUGUGAUAACAGCAGUAAUAACGUUUUUGCGGGCAUCGGAAACGAAUGAACGAUAGUGGGACCUUUCUGUGUCUGUUUGAUCACCUCCCGCUCAGCAACAUCGAGAUAAAGAAGCUAGGAAUAUCGGUACAUAUGAUAGACCUGUAGUCUUCAAACCCUGUGCAAGUCAAGCCUGUACAAGCUUCUAGCUCUACAUAAGGACCACCUGACCAACGUGACCACGUUUUGGUGGUCUUUUCCGUUGACUCAAACACUAAGAACCCUACGCUGUUUUUAAAAUACUACGCUGGUUUAGUACUUAGUCAUUGAACAUGAUCAAGUGAUGUGUAGAAUUUAUUUGAAGAUUGUUUAUUUAUCCUGUCUUAAUACAUUGCCUAAUCAACAUGUUAUUCUAACAUCAUUUGCAUUGUAUUACCGAUUAAAAGUCAAUGUCUUCAUUGCGAAA